AUGCCAACCCCUCCUCCUGAUUGGGUCAAGGCCCUGAAGCCUGCCGGUCCACAAGGAUCCGAGCUCCUCCAGCAGGAGCGUGCUCAGUCGAAUGUCAACGUUGAAAGACUGUCCGAGUUGCUCCACACCAAAGAAGCCUUGGAGAGGCAAAAGUCUCUUCUCGCCUUGUUGGAACCGGAAAAGGUAUUCGAUAAGUCUCAAAAUCAUACCUUGGGCCGCGUCGAACGCCUGCAACGAUCCCUGGGCAAGGCCAAGCGCCUCCAACAGCUCGCAGAACAGCACAAAUGGUCCAUGGAAGAGCUCCAUGCAGCCAAUGAAUUGAUUGGGGAACCUACUCCUUACGGCUUGCACGCCAGCAUGUUCUUGGUGACACUUCGAGAACAAGGCACCCCCGAGCAGCAUAAACUGUUCCUUGAACGCGCACAAAAAUACGAGAUCAUUGGUUGCUAUGCUCAAACGGAACUGGGCCACGGAUCGAACGUGCGCGGAUUGGAAACCACGGCGAUCUGGAACUCGGACGAUAAGACAUUCACCAUCAACUCUCCAACAUUGACUUCCUCAAAGUGGUGGAUCGGAUCUCUUGGUCGCACAGCCAAUCAUGCCGUAGUCAUGGCUCAGCUAUAUAUUGAUGGCAAGAACUAUGGCCCUCACCCAUUCGUCGUACAGGUCCGAGAUCUUCAAACCCAUCAGCCAUUGGAGAAUGUCUAUGUCGGUGACAUUGGCCCCAAGUUUGGCUACAACACCAUGGAUAACGGCUUCCUACUGUUCAACAAUGUCAAGAUACCACAUAUUAAUAUGCUGGCCCGCUUCUCUCGAAUCGACAAGGACACCAACCAUUACGCUAAGCCUGCUAUGCCGUCCCUUGUUUUCGGUACUUUGACAUGGGUGCGGUCCAAUAUUGUCCUGCAGGCUGGUGGAGUGCUGGCGCGCGGUGUCACCAUUGCGACCCGGUACUGUGCCGUUCGAAGACAGUUCCAGGAUCGCGAUGCCGAUGCACACGCAGGUGAGAAUCAAGUCCUGAAUUAUAAGAUGGUACAGAUCCGAUUACUACCUCUGCUGGCAUCUAUGUACGCUCUUCACUUCACCGGUCGCGGUAUGAUGCGCCUGUAUGAAGAGAAUCAAAGCCGCAUGAAGGCAGCCAACUCGCCCGGGCAGGACUCACGGGGCGCGGGACCCGAAGAACUCCGCGCCGGUGCUAACCUGCUGGCUGAUUUGCACGCCACCUCCUGCGGCCUCAAGGCCCUGGCUAGUACCACUGCCGGCGAAGGAUUGGAGAUCUGCCGCCGUGCAUGUGGUGGUCAUGGAUACAGUAGCUACAGCGGUAUCGGCCCGUGGUAUUCGGAUUAUCUGCCCACACUAACCUGGGAGGGUGAUAACUAUAUGUUAACCCAACAGGUCGCACGUUACCUUCUCAAAUCUGCCCGCGCUGUUCUUGCUGGCAAGCCAGCCGGUAACGACACUAGUCAGAUCCUCCAAGCAUACCUUGACCGACGGGACAAGGGAGCUUCAUUCGAUGUGCUUGAGGAAGACAAAGACAUCGUGGCUGCCUUUGCCUGGCGCACCGCUCACCUGACAUUCGAGGCUUUGAAGCACCGGGACGCUGAGCAGCGAUCCUGGAACAGUCUUCUGGUUGACUUCUGGCGGUUAUCCACAGCCCAUUCUCAGUACCUCGUAGUGAAGAACUUCUACGAGGCUGUUUCAUCUCCCCAACUCUCUGCAGCUUUGGAUCCAGAGACGAAGACUCUCAUGCACCACUUAUUCCGACUUUUCUCGCUGCACACGCUGGAACGCGAAGCAGCUGAGUUCUUUUCCUCUGGCGCUGUGACCGUGCGCCAGAUCACCCUGACCCGAACUACGGCGGUGAUGAAGUUGCUUGAUGAGAUCCGUCCCCAUGCUGUCCGAUUGGUCGAUGCUUGGGCCAUUCCGGACUGGCAGCUGGACAGCAGUCUCGGUCGUUAUGAUGGCAAGGUCUAUGAGGAUCUGUUCCGUCGGGCGAGCGAGGAGAACCCCGUCAACGACUUGGUAUUUGACCCGUACCCAUGGAACUCCGCAUUGCUCAAGAAUGAGCCGCCCAAGAGUAAGCUGUAA